AUGAGCAAUUUUGAUGCAGAAAGUGAGUGUUCCCCAGGGCGCGAACUCAUGAGAUGCUGCCGAUAUGUUAAGUACAGCCCGACAAGCAAGGACUUGGCUUCCAUGCACUAUAACGUGGACUUCCGUGUAGCAGGCAUGAGCGACAGAUCACCUGUACGAUCGCCUGAACUUCUCCCAGUUGGCUUUCAACAGACCACCCGCGAACUUGGCAUGAUUUUGCAAGGUAUUCCAUCCAGAAAGUCCGUGGUUGGAAACGCCUUGGCAGCCCGCCGUGAUACGAACCAUGUGAUAAGUGGCCCAUCCAUAGACGUUGAAGGGUAUACUUCGUCUAUUGGUUGUCCUCAUUCUGAUGUACUCAGGCCGUACGCUGUUGGGAGUAGGUUGAGGACAGCAUUGAGUGGGGCAACACGACAGCAAAAUCCACGGGCCGUGCGCAUAGGAGGUAUUCAGAGGGAAAGGAAGGCCUACUCAGGUUGA